CAAACAAGCAAGCAAGUCAAUUUUGCGUAUGGGCACGAAGCACCACCAACAACCGACGAGAGAGAAGAAGUGGUGUGUUGUUGGUGUGUUGUGGGGGGGCUUUCUGAACGCGUGCCUGGUUUGUUGCAUUACAGGUCUCGCGUCGAACAUAAUACCGUCGCACAGAGAGCGGACAACCAACCAUGGGAGGCGAGGUUGACCAACCUAGAAUCAUCUUGACACCCAUCAUCGAUGAUGAGGAUGCCGCCAGCAACGUCAAGUCCAACUUUGUUCGCACCAUCCCGCUUGUCUCCACGAUUUUGGUUGGGCGCGCAGUGCCAAACAAGCAAGCGCCUGCACCCGACAACGCCAUCUUCGAGAACAAAGUCCUCUCCCGAUCGCACGCCGAAAUCUGGCUCGAAAACAACCUUGUUUACAUCAAGGACACCAAGAGCAGCAAUGGCACAUACGUCAACGCCAAGCGGUUGAGCAAGAGCAACGAAGAGUCUGCCCCCGUUCAGCUCAAGACUGGCGACCAAGUGCGCCUGGGUGUGGAUGUUGUGGAGAGCAAAUCUGCGGUGCACCGGCGCCUGACGCUGGACGUGUGUGUGGUGCUUCCCGCGCUUGUGCGGCCCAUCGAGGACAUCCUGUCUGCGCCAGUCGAGGCAUUUGAGGAUGCAGACAGCGCCGUGCUCCUGGAAGAGCUUCGCAACCUGCGCACGGAGUACACGUCUGUGUGCACGGACUUUAUGCACCUGCACGAGAGCCUGCUGCAAGCGCAGGAGACGGAGGACAAGCUUGGCCAGCGCAUCAAGCAGCUCACAGACACCAUCGUUGACCUCACCACCCUCAUCGACGAAAACGCAGAGGAUACGGUGCACGCCGACCGGCUGCUUGACCGCAUGGAGAUGCUGGAGCAGCAGCUCGACUUCUACCGCCGCCGCGCACAGCAGCUCGUAGACGGCGCCGCCAGCACUGAGGACUCCGACUACGCAGCACAGCAGGAGGUGGUGACGAAGCUGGAGCGGCUGCAGCGAGCGACACCGGGGGCGCUGCUCGCGCAGACACGUGUGAACGAGAAUGGGGAGGAAGAGAAGGGGACGGUGAGGAAGCAAGAGACCGACGACGAGAAGCGUGCAGAAGAAGAAGAGGAGGAGGAGGGAAAGGAGCAACGGGAGGAUGAGUUUGAGGACGUGGAAGAUGAGGAAGAGGAGGAAGCGCACGCAGGGGAGGACGAGGAGGAGCAACACGCAACGGCAACGGGCAAUAGGAGACACGACGAGAAGGUGGCAAAGGAGAGCAGCCCGCACGACGCAGUGCAGGACAAGAAUGUGCCCGCUUCCUCGAGCUCCGCUGCUGAUGAAGGCAAACGCGAAGAACAGCAGCAACAGAAAUCGCAACAGCAGGAGGACGUGCGCGCGGCUGUUGAGACGAGGAGCACGGGCGUCCAAUCAGAUCUCAUCAAAGUGGAAGUCAAGGAGCUCGAGGAUAGAAUUCGACAACUCCAGAAGCAGUUGGAUGAGGCGAAGAAAGACCUGCGCGGCGCUUCGAAACGCGCCGCAACAGAGGAGGAGAAGCGAAAGAAGAAGGAGGUGGAAAUUGCCAACAAGAAGGACGAGCUCAAGAAGCACAAGGACUCGAUGAAGGCGCUGGAUGCCAAAGUGAAGCGGACAGAGACGCUGCUGAAGAAGGCAACACAGGAAGUGACGCAAGCGAGCGAACUUGGAAAGACGCAGGAGCGUACCAUUGCGCAAUUGAAGGAGGCGCUCUCCGCCGAGAAGACAGCAAAGCAGAAGCUGCAAGCACAGCAGUGGUCCUUGACAUCAAAGUCGUCCAUUUUCCACUUGUGCGUUGGCGGCGUUGUUGCCAUCGUGGUGGCCUGGCUGCUCCGCUCAGCAACUCCCGUCUGA